GAUUUUGCCGAUAACGAUAACAACAACUUUUUCAUUUGCUGCUGGUGCCAAUUUAUAAGCAAUUUUUCAAUUAAAUUAACACAAAACUACAUAAAAAACACAACCAAAAUGUCGGCCAAGCAAAACUCCAAGAAAUCCAAAUGGGCGCUGGAUUUUAGUGUAAGCAAAAAUGCAGAUAUGCCAUCGCCGCCUGGCUACAAUCCGACGGCGCUUGUAAAUCAAACGGAGGUUGUGCGUGAUCAGCGUUUGGUAAUUAAGAAAUCAUGGGAUCUGGCGCUGGGACCGCUGAAACAAAUACCAAUGAAUUUAUUUAUCAUGUACAUGUCGGGCAAUUCAAUAUCCAUCUUCCCGAUAAUGAUGGUGGGCAUGAUGCUGAUACGUCCUAUAAAGGCGAUGUUCACAACUCAAGUCACCUCAAAAAUGGCCGAUGGUGCACAGGGCACCGGCCAGCGUAUCAUCUAUAUUCUGGGCAAUUUGGCGAAUGUCGCGCUGGCGCUUUAUAAGUGCCACAGCAUGGGUCUCCUGCCCACGCACGCCUCCGACUGGCUAGCAUUUGUGGAGCCUCAAACGCGCUUAGAAUAUUAUGGGGGUGGUGUUUCAUUUAUUUAGAUAACUUUAAAUUUUGCUUUAUUUGAUCAUAGAUAAAAUUUGUUUUAACACAGAAAAACUAAAUACAUAUAUUGUCUUUCCUAGCGAUCGGGUUGUCAAAACA